AUGAUCAAGCUGAAGUACCAAAAGCAGCCAAACCCUUCCGGACUAGCUGCGGCGCUCCGACGAAUUGCUACCAAGCUGCCCAAGGCCUGCCUUGCUGCAGCGCGGAUUUGUCGAAGAGCAGACUGCGCCUCUGCAGAGUGCAUCGAAAAUGAGACGGCGAAGAAAUUUCGCGAUUGGCUCCAGGCACUAUCGCCCCGAACUCUGGUCGUCUAUUCCGACGGGUCCCGUUCUACCGAAGGCCACGCCGGAUAUGGCUAUGUUGUUCAUCGGGACGGAUCCACCGUCUUGCGCGACAAGGGCCGUCUCGGGCCCGCCGAGAUUUUCGACGCUGAGGCGAAAGGCAACGAGGAGGCUGAUGCUCUGGCAAAGGCGGGAGCAUCACCGCCAGAACCCGCUGAUAACGUCCCGACGCUAGCGCACCUGCGAAAGAUUGCCCGACAGCAGCCGGAAGAGGCUUUCAAGGCCUGGUGGGAAGCCUCUGCGCCGGAGCGAUACAGAGACCUGAGGCUUAAAGCCACAACCAGCUGCCCGUCAGAAUUGGCGCUCUCGGCCCCUGCUUCGUAA